AUGGAACUGGCAGAGAUCGGCAGAACGCAUUUAGCCGACUGCGUGCUGUGUUGCAGCCCGAGGUCGUCGCACUCUGUGCUGCACCAGGUGACGCGGAUGAUGGACGCGAUGACGCUGCUGGAGCCGUUCGCCUUCACCAAGAUGACGACGACGCGCUGGCAGUCGCACGCGCCGCCCCCGCAGCCACAGCGCCGGACAGCCGCCAAGCAGCACCCGCAGCCCGCUCACCGCCCACGCGCCCGCCUGCACAGGAACAAGUCACCCGCCACAGAAUUUCUUAAAAGUUCACAGCUUACCCUUUGUAAGAUGAUUCAUAAUAAGUAUGAAGAGCUGAAACAAAUGUUUCCACAUUCCCAAGAUGCAAUUGCUCAAGUGAUUCAACAAAUUGUCACAGCACUAUUUUACAAUGUAUUGGAAGCUUACAAACUUGUUAAGCACAACCAUAGAGGGUUAUAUCCUGUCAUUAAUAUUCACCGAUCCAGGAAGUCUCAUUCAAUGGACCGCACUCCAUGCCUGACAAAGCGGUCACAUCCUGGAGCAGCAGUGAGCAUGAAAACACAAGGACCUGUAAGACGGAGCAAUGAGGGACCACCUUCAUUACCAUCUGCAAUACCUUCACAAGAUAGUGAUUCUCAUGAAACCCCACCAAAAGUGUUCCAGGCUGCCCAGUAUGAACAGCAUCUUGUAGAGACACUUGAAAAGGAUAUCAUUCAUAGAAAUCCUAAUGUGCAGUGGAACCGUGUCGCUGGGCUGAGCGAAGCAAAAGCAAUACUUCAGGAAGCCAUGGUACUCCCAAUGCUGAUGCCUGAUUUCUUCUGUGGAAUAAGAAGACCAUGGAAAGGAAUUCUUAUGGUGGGACCUCCAGGAACAGGAAAGACUAUGUUGGCUAAGGCAGUUGCAACUGAGUGUGGUUCAACAUUCUUCAAUAUUUCUUCAGCAACGCUUACCUCAAAAUACCGUGGAGACUCAGAAAAGCUUGUGCGACUAUUAUUUGAAAUGGCUCACUUUUAUGCCCCAAGCACUAUUUUUAUAGAUGAAAUAGAUUCACUGUGUUCACAAUGUGGUACAGAUUCAGAACAUGAAGCUUCCCGAAGAUUUAAGGCAGAACUGUUGAUUCAAAUGGAUGGUCUUAAUUCUAACAGUUCAGAUAACAAGGUGAUAAUGGUACUAGCAGCAACCAACCAUCCAUGGAACAUUGAUGAGGCAUUUCGCCGAAGAUUUGAGAAAAGGAUAUAUAUUCCUCUUCCAAACGAUGAAACAAGAUCUGCCUUGGUGAAACUAUGCCUAGAAGGAGUAAAUGUUGAUCCUCCUCUAGAUACUAACAAAGUUGCUGACAGCCUUAAGGGCUACACAGGAUCAGACAUAAGUAAUGUAUGUAGGGAUGCUGCCCUUAUGGCAAUGAGGCAUAAAAUAUGUGGCAGGAGUCCAGAAGAAAUUAAGAAAAUCAAGAAAGAAGAUGUUGAUCUACCAGUAACUAUGCAGGAUUUUGAUGAAGCAUUAACAAGAUGUAAAAAAAGUGUAUCAGCAGGAGACAUUGCAAAAUAUGAAGUUUGGAUGGAAGAAUUUGGAUCUUGCUAGAGACCUUGAAGUGAUGAUUAUUUUUUAUGAAGUGUAAAAUGACAUGUGAUAUA